AUGUUAGUGUACCUUUUUUCAUUGUUUUGUGUUUCUCACAUGCAUACGUGUGAAUUUGAACAAAUUCUAUUGCAUAAAAUAAGAAAAAUGGUUGGAAGGUCGUUGAGGCCAGCCGAGGUGGUGAAUGAGAGAGCCGAACAGUACCAAGGGAAGGUCACCGGCUCCGUCGUUGUUACUUGCUUUGUUGCAGCCAUUGGUGGAUGCAUCUUUGGAUAUGACAUUGGAGUCUCAGGAGCUGUCACGUCGAUGGAUGAGUUCCUUAUAGAGUUUUUCCAUGAUGUGUAUGAGAAAAAGAGACAUGCUCAUGAGAAUAACUACUGCAAAUUCGACAAUCAAGGACUAGCGGCUUUCAACUCGUUACUGAAUAUUGCUGGUUUACUUGCAAGUCUGAUGGCCUCACCAAUCAGCAGGAACUAUGGACGACUUGCAACCAUAAUUUGUGCCGGGAUCAGUGAACCUUCCAAUGCUGUGUCUAGGACAGAUCAUGAUCGGUUUUGGCGUUGGAUUUGAAA